AGUUAAUCCGUUAAUCGUUAAUUAACGAAGUUAACAUAUUGAUUAACUAAUUAACUUUUAAGUUAAUCGCAAAAACUGUUAACGGUCUUAUUAACUUCCGUUAAAUUUAACUUCCGUUAACAAGUCCGUUACUCGGAUAAGUUAAAGCGGGCGCGCGCCGUGCCAUAUGCACGGCACUGGAUUUGCAUUUGCAUUGUGUUGGUGUUGGCAACAGUGUAUGCAAUGAACAAAAAUUUGUUCAUUGGUAAACAGUGAAAACCUAACCUUGUUUUUCAAUUACUAUAGUAUACUACAUCAUGCAACCACAACCAAGUCAAGAUAUUCAUAUUGAAACGGAAACGGAGAUUGCAAGCGGCGGCACUAGUGAUGGUGAUGAACCGCAACAGAAUCCCUGGCCACAUUUAAGUGGAUUUGUUGCGUAUAAAGCAAGAUUAAGGGAUACAUUGGUUUACGAGUGCAAACUGUGUUUGCCUAAAACAUCUACAAUCAAGGCUCACGUUUCAAGUUUGAACAACCUUAAACAGCAUGUAAAGAGGAUGCAUCCAGUUAAAUAUAUACAGUUUGAAGAAAUAGUAAAGGCCGGGUCAACUCGUGGGAAAAUAAAAAAGAGGCCAAACUCUUCAAAUACAAGUACUAUCGAUUCUAAUGCUGACAGCAGUGGCAGUCAUUUUCUUUCACCACCAUCAACAAAGAAAGUACGCCAGCAAAGCAUUGGGGAAUCGUUUGGCAUUGUAGCUUCUGGAAGUGCGGUACCCCAAGCUAGUGUGAAUCGGUGUAUUGUAAACUUUUUUGUGACUAACAUGAUUCCACUACAUGUAGUCGAAUCUGAUACAUUUAAUACACUUAUUAAAACGUUGAACCCUAGCAAGAGUACGAUCUCGAGAAGGACAUUAGGCAGGCGUAUCGCUGAUUCUCACACUCUGUUAAAGCAGCGCUUGAUCAAAAUACUUGAUAAAAUUGAUUGGGUGGCUACAACGGCUGACUGCUGGUCUGCUCACAACAAAAGUUACUUGGGCAUGACUGCCCAUUGGUUAGAUCCUGCUACCAGAGCGAGAAUGCGUGCAGUGUUAACUUGCACCAGGUUAAAAGGUGUUCAUUCAUAUGAUGUACUCGCCCGGACAAUGAUAAAUACACACUACGAGUUUCAUAUUGACAAAAAAGUAACCAGAACUACCACCGAUAAUGGCAGCAAUUUUGUUAAGGCAUUUGUUCAAUUUGGCUCUGAAAUACCAGCCGAUACACUAUCGCUGAAUUCGCUGCCACUAUCAGACAUCGACGACAUCAUACCAUCACAUGAUAUGGACUCUAAUCUCGACAAUCCCGUUAGUGCCCUCUUAGCAGAAACUGCAGAAGAACAGGAGUUAGAGUAUAUUUCACUCGAAAAUGUACUUGUUAUGUCUGAAAAUAAUAAUUAUAACGACAAUGAUGAUGAUGUUACACUUGAGAACUUCAAUAAUUUGCCAGUUCACAUGAGAUGUGCUGCUCACACAUUUAACUUAGUGGCAAGCAAAGAUGCAGACGCUGCACUACAAAAUUCUGUUUUCAAAGGUCCGUACAGAAUUGCCAUGGCAAAAUCACGCGCUCUUUGGAAUUUGCAGUCGCGUAGUACGGUGGCGGCCGAUUGCAUUAAUACUGAGUUGGGCAGGAGGCUGGUACUUCCAAAUACAACAAGAUGGAACUCAACGUUUGAUGCUGUUGUUGUUCUCAACGCAAUUUUAGAAGCAAAAAGACCUGCCCUUCAUAGAGUGAUGACUCAGCUGAAGGUUCGAACUUUCAAUGAUCAAGAUGUGACCAUAUUGAAAGAGUAUGUGAAGGUCAUGUCACCGGUGGCUCGAGCGCUAGAUCAAGUUCAAGGAGAAGCUCAAGCAUAUCUCGGGUCUCUCCUUCCCACGGUUGCUGCAACAGUAUUUAAAUUGAAGGAUAUUCAGUCAAGCGGUCUUGUGUACUGUACUGCUUUGGCCAGUGCUUUAUUAACCGGCAUAGAAAAAAGGUUUGGCCCUCUUAUGGAGGAUGAGGAAUGCCUGCUUGCAGCAGCCUUUCACCCAAGAUUCCGGCUGAUAUGGCUAGAAAAAUAUGACAGUAGCAAGGUAACAGCAGUAACGAAGUGUAUGGAGGUGAAAGUAUUUGCUCAAAUGCGCGAAAGCAACGAAAAUGAGAAAGCUAGCAUCAGUGGAAGUAGUAAUAAUGAGGAAGAAGAGGAUGAUUUCUUCACUACUGUUACUAAAUCGGCUGAGAAAUCGAUGGGCCACAAAUCUCUUAAAAGUAAAGCUCAGACUUUAGUGAAAACCUGGUUAGAUGCGAAGUCGAAGGAUUCUGUUACGGAUGCUGCCUUCCUAGGAGAAGCAGUUUUAAUAAAUCUCUUUAUUAAAUAUAAUACAGCUAUUCCCUCUAGUGCUGCAGUGGAACGUCUUUUUUCCACGGGUAAAGAUAUUUUGCGGGCUAAACGAUCAUCCCUCUCUGAUGAAACUUUCAACAUAUUAAUGUUCAUGAAGGGGAACAUCCACUUUAUGCAAGAUGAAGAUUUUCUGGCGUAAGGUACAUACAUCGUACUUCGCUACCUUUUCUUCUUUCCUUAAGCUCCAUCACAAUUCUUCUUAUGCAAUAAACAAAAAUGGCUGUACUUAAAAUACAAUAAAUUUUAUAUUUCUCAUU